AUGGACCACCUCAAGUGUACGACGUGCAACAAGGGUGCAGAUUCUAGCACGAAGCUCAAGAAAUGCGGUGGAUGCGAGUCGGCUCUCUACUGCUCUACCAGCUGCCAAAAAGAGGACUGGAGAACUCACAAGCUUAUCUGCGAUGAGUUCAAGACCUUCCCUGUCGCCAAUCCUCGUCCAUCGACUGACCACAGACUGGCUCUCCUUCUGCCUAAAGAAGGAGGGAACCCCAAACUCUUAUGGUACCAGACCUAUCUAAUGAAAAGUCCUUAUGCAGGCUACGAGAUGAUCAACUACAGUCAACACCUUGGAGACGAUGAUCCAUCCCCGGAGGAAAUCAAUGUAAGUAUGUAUCUUACCAACACCUAUAUUGGUGUUGAGAAAUAUGCAUUUGAUCACACUGUCUCGAUCCAAAUUCGGGAGUCUGGCGAGUUUGACGGAUCCCACCCCAACCAAUGUGUCUCCGAAGUGAUGAAGGGCACGCAGGGGUACGACUGGAAAGGUCCUAUAGUGGUCUACUCCCAGCCGGGAACCAGUAUAGACUCCCCCACCUUUCUGGAUGUCACCGCAGCCGAUCUACGAAUUGUGGUCGACUUCCUUCGCCACUGCGGAGGCAAAGCCGAUGAUUUCGUCCAGACCGUCCGCAUAUCUAGCAAGGGCGACGAGAAACUCCACGGCAAGCGCAAGUUCUACCACAUCAAGGUUCCUGACAGUCAUGAGAUCUUCAACACGCGCCCGACCGAGAUCUCCACGAUCAUGGGCCUCCCCAUCCUCGUCCAGAAGACCGGCCUCUUCAACCCCGCCGACGUGGAGAAGGGUAGCCGCCUCGGCUUCAACCCGUUCGAGAACUACACCGCGGCGGCGCUGAACACCAUUGCCACCCCUCAGAACGAUUACUGGGGCUCUCUCGACAUGCAGGACUGGGACAUGGUGAUCGGCACCGUCUUGGUGGUCCGACAGGACAAGAAAGAUAUGAGUACCGGUCAGGUAGAGGCUCUGGCCAGGUUCUGCCGCGAGGUACUCCGUCCUGCCAUGGCAGCGCUGGAAGAUUCCUUCUUCUGCCCAACCGGGAUUCCCGACCGCGACGACGUUUGGGCUGCUAGGGAAGAGUUCGUCAAGACGCAGAUGACCAGAGAGGCUUUCGAGAUCUUUCUGGAGAAGCUCAAGGCGGAGAAGGUGGCUGCUGGUGACAGCAGCUGGGAUAGGGUCGUGUCGCCAUACUCUGUUUAG